AUGUCGCGCGCCAGCAAGAUCGCCGGCCUGAAGACGGCGCUCACGACCGUGAGCCCCCAGAGCAUCCGCGCCGCCGCAGAACGCAUCGCGCCCUACGCCGUGCGCACGCCCGUGCUGCGCAGCGACCGCAUCGACGCGCUCGCGGGCUGCGAGGUCCACUUCAAGUGCGAGCACCUCCAGGUCACGGGCAGCUUCAAGGCGCGCGGCGCGCUCAACGCGGUCCUGUCGCUGAGCGACGCCGAGGCCGCCGUCGGCGUCGUCGCGCAUUCGACGGGCAACCACGGCGCGGCCGUGGCCCGCGCGGCGCAGGCGCGCGGGGCGCCCUGCGCCAUCGUCGUGCCCACGGUGACGCCCGCGGCGAAGCUCGCGAACAUCGCGCGCUACGGGCCGGCCGUCGUCCAGUGCGAGCCGUCGCCGGCUGCGCGGCGGGCGGCGUCCGAGGCCGAGGCCGCGCGGCUCGGCGGCGCGACGAUCGUCCACCCCUUCGACGACGGGCGCGUGAUCUGCGGCCAGGGCACCAUCGGUCUGGAGCUGCUGGAGGACGUGGCAGGGCUCGACGCGAUUUUGGUGCCCGUGAGCGGCGGCGGCAUGCUCGGGGGCGUCGCCGCGGCGUGCGCGGGCACGUCGACGCGCGUCAUCGCCGUGGAGCCCGCGGGCAAGGCGCUCGGCGCGGCGCUCGCCGCGGGCGAGCGCGUCAUCUUCGACGAGGCGGAGCUGGAAGCGAGGCCGACGCUCGCGACGGUCGCGGACGCGAUGCCGACGCGUCUGCUCGGGCCGAACCUCGCCUGGCCCCUCUCCUACGGCCUCCUCGACGCGCGGGACGUGUUGGCCGUCGACGACGCCGCCAUCGAGGCCGCGCUCCGGCUCACGGCGUCGGAGCUGAAGCAGGCCGUGGAGCCCGCGGGCGCCGUCGCGCUCGCGGGCCUGCUCUCCCCCGCGUUCGCCGCGCUCCGCGACGACCCGGAGCGGCCCCUGCGCCGCGUCGCCGCCGUCGUCUGCGGCGGCAACGUCGACGCCGGGACGCUCGCGGCGAUCCUCGCCGGCGGGGGGGACUAA